AUGCGUUCCCUCGUGAUCCUAUCCCUGGCCUUCACAGUUGCCUUGGCAGCUGAUGAGUUCGUGAGCACAACAGUGCAACCCAUCAGCCGCGCCACAGCAUCUGCUUCAGUCACAACAUUCAACCCCUACGCGUUCUACACUAACCGCUACAACCCAGUACAACCAGUCGUAUACAACAACCCUGGUCGUUACGAAGCCGGCCGCUACGACCCUGGCCGUUACGACGCUGGCCGUUACAAUGGUGGCAAAUACGACAACUCGGGCCGCUAUGUCCCAGACAACUCUGGUGCCUACAACGGUGACCGUGGAGACCGUGGCAGUGCUGGAGGUUUCUACAGCGGCUCUUCCGAUAAGGGAGGUGCUGGCGGUGCCUACGUUGGAAACAAGGACGUCAUUGUCCCAUACAAACCUGAAAACAUACCCGUUUCCAGCGUGACCAUCAACGGAAUCGUCGAGCCUGCUCCCACCGCCCCAGCUGUCCCCGUGACCACCAGUGUACCAGUCUCUGAGGUGUCUACCGUCGUCCCCGUAACGACCGCUGUCCCCGUCACCACCGGUGCCCCCGUCACCACCGCUGCCCCCGUAACCACCGCUGCCCCCAUCUUCAUCUCCUCUACCCCCGUCUACGUUAGCUCUUCAUACAAACCCAUCUACAAGCCUAUCGUUCCCGUAGCACCAGUCGCUCAAGCCUUCUCUAAAGUUGUUGUUCCCAACACAUACGACUACAACUACGGUAUCAUUCGUCAAGAGAGUGAGGUCUUGCCCGACGGCUACCACUACUUGUACGAGACUGAGAACAAAAUCCUUGCCGAGGAGGUUGGUCGUGUAGAGAAAAUCAACGACUUCGAAGGUAUCAGGGCUAAGGGAUUCUUCCAAUACGUUGGCCCCGACGGUGUCACUUACAGGGUAGACUACACCGCCGAUGAGAACGGUUUCGUGCCAGUUGGCGCCCAUUUGCCCCAGUGA